AUGCACGUCCUCGCGGCGGCUCUCGCGGCGGCCCUCGCACUGCGCGGCGGCGUCUCGGCGCAGCCGGUCCGGAACUCGACGCUCAGCCCGUCGCUCAGCCCGACUGUCGCGCAGACGUUCGCGCCGACGCUGACAAUGGCUCCGUCAAUCACACCGACGGGCACACCAGUUUGCGAGCCGCAGUGUGAGUACGACUAUCAUCUCACGUCGGAGCGCAUGAACAAGAAGAUCCUGGCCCGAGUCUACAACUUCUGCUGGAUCCUCGGUGGCAUGGUGGUGUUCUCGCUGGGCCUGUCGUUCCUCGGGCACUACAUCCGCCACGACCGGAGCCACAAGAUGCGUGUGUACUACAAGAAAAACGGAGAGGACUUCGAGGAGGACGACGAUCUCGACAAACUAAUCAGCGAAGGCUUAGUCGAGGAGCUGUCGACGAAACGGCUAGGGACUUUGGCCACGACGGCCGGCUCCGCAUAG